AUGUCUCAAACGUCGUCCCAGAGUCCAGAUAGCUGGAUCGGCACCUUUUGUAAUUUGGUUGGCCAUGAAUAUUUCGCCGAAGUCAGUGAAGAUUUCAUCGAGGAUGAUUUCAACUUGACGGGGUUGCAAGCUCAGGUGCCCAUGUACAAGGACGCGCUGGAAAUGAUACUUGAUGUGGAGCCUUCAGAAACCAAUUCUUCAGCACUGUCAGAAGAGGAGGAGGAAGAGGAGGAAGAAGAAGACGAUGGCAUUCUGGGAGACGAGUUGGACGAGCCAGCUGCUAAUCAAAAUGGGACGUCGAGGCGGCAGUCUGGCGGCCCCGCCGGCGGCAGAAGACACGGCCGUACCUCCUCUGAUACUUCUGUCAUUGAGUCAUCGGCGGAACUUCUCUAUGGUCUGAUACACGCUCGAUACAUUACUUCAAGACCUGGGAUACAGCAAAUGAUGGAGAAGUACGAAUUGUCGCAUUUUGGCUUCUGUCCUCGGGUGUAUUGUGCUGGAGCAAAAGUAUUACCUGUUGGGCUAACGGACACCCCGGGCCAACAGACGGUCAAACUCUUUUGUCCGAGCUGUUUGGACGUCUACACCCCUCCGAAUUCUCGAUUCCAGGCGGUCGACGGUGCCUUUUUUGGGACGACGUUCCCAUGUCUGUUCUUCAUGUCCUAUCCGGAUCUCGACGUUGGCCCGGUCAAGAAACGAAAUCCUCGAGACCCCAGCGGACAGGCAAAUGAUGACCUUGAAGGCACAUUGAGUCCCAACGAAGGAAACGCAACGCGUGGAGGAAUAACGGCCAGUAGAAGUUCGAGCUUGACGUUGCCUCAAGCUCCACCGAUCCCUGGUAUCACAUCUGCGAAAGACGAGAAGGCAUCAGGAACUUCUGUUGCUCAGACCUCGUUACCUCCGCAACCAGCCACAAUUAAUGGGAUCGCGACGCAUAACCUUGCACCAGGUUUAGGAAAAGGCAAGAUCUAUGAACCUAAAAUUUACGGCUUCAAAGUUUCAGAGCGAGCGAAGAGUGGGCCUCGAAUGCGCUGGCUCCGCUCAAAACCUCUGGACAUCAAUGAGCUCGACGAAGCGAGAAUAUGGCAUGAACGAUAUGGUGGCACCGUUGAUGGUGAUCCGGAUGAGGAAAUGCGGCGUCUACCGGGAGCGAGACAGGACAACGAAGACGACGAUGAUGCAGAAGAAGAGGACGGGGAGGAGGAAGAAGGGGAUGACGGAGGUGGUGAAGCAGCUGACCAGGACGGAGAUGCGAUCAUGGCCACUCAGGGUCAGAAUCAGGUGGCCAGCAUUCAUAGUAGUCAGCGGGGCAAGUCAAAACGAGAGCCUGAUGCCGAUGGGGAUGCACUGAUGGCAAAUCAAGGUCAAGGCGGCAAUCGAGGCAAAUCCAGACGAAAGCCGGGGACAAGAGGUCAGGGAGUCGACGUCUCUGUGCAGCAGAAGGGCGAGGGAAAUUGGAUAUGA